AAUCAAACCCACAGCAUCACGAGAGGCAAUAGAUCUCAAGCCUUUUCGUCGCAGAGAUCCUUUUGGGCUGAAAUAUAGAAAGUGAAAACACAAAUGAGAGAAAAAAGAAGGUUUGGUCUUGGGUUCUAGUACUUAUUAAUCUCUUCUACUUUCUCUGUUUGCCUUUCUCGUUUGAUCCUAUACCUUUUUUUUGUCUUCUGUAGCAGUCUGAAAUCGAUCUAGAACAAACAAAAACUUCCCUGUUAUCCCCAUCUGUACAAAACGAUAAGGAAAAGUUGGGGAUUGUGAUAAAGAAGGAUUUGAAAAAGAGAAGAAGGAAAACUGGGUUUGUGAAAAUGGGCACUGGUUGGAGAAGAGCAUUUUGUACAACGAUCCGUCGUGACCCAGAUAGUGUAAUUGCAGAGAAACAACAAACAAGCCCAAGUUCUAGUCCAGGACCCAGAAGUUGUACCAGGCUUGGGUUCUUCUCCGGUGGAAGCAACCCCACUACUCCUCGUCUCCAUUCUCAACCAAUCUCAAGCCCAAGCUUGCGUUGCAAGACCACUGCAGAAUCAUCUUCUACAAAUGAGAGUCCUAGGCUCCAGUGCAAAACCAACCCAAAAGUCACCAAGAGUUUGAGUUCAAACCCAAGUUCUCCUCGAUCUCCCCUCAAAUUGUCCCUGUUCAAGAACAGCUUCAAAUUCAGGAGUAGCUGUGGAAUCUGCUUGAAUAGCGUGAAAACAGGUCAAGGCAUGGCGAUAUACACAGCAGAGUGUACACACGCCUUUCACUUCCCCUGCAUAGCAGACUACGUUCGUAAGCAUGGUAAACUGGUUUGCCCCGUCUGUAACUCCGCUUGGAAAGACGUUCCUCUGCUCGCAAUCCACAAGAAUCUCCACACUGAAUCAAACCGGGAGCUAAACGAGGCCGUCGAUCCUGUCCCUGCCAAACCAAACGUCCAAGCCAUAAACAUUCAGCCCCAGAUUGAGGAGAAGAAAGUAAUUGAGUCUUCUCCAAAGGCAGUGAAAACCCCCAAACAUGAAUCACGACAGUUGUCUCCUAAAUUAUCCGAUUCGAGAUACUACGAUGACGACGAGCCAUUAUUAUCUCCAACCGCAGGUGGUAAAUUCAAUCCGAUUCCAGAAGCCGAUGAGAAUGCCGAAGAAACAGAGGACGUCGAAGAAUUUCAAGGAUUCUUCGUGAAUGCAAAUCCAAUUCCAAAUCCAAAUCCUCCUGAAUCUUCCCUCAAAUCUGACGAGUUGCCAAACAGCGGCAGAGAUUAUCGUAAUGUUCAGGUUGGAUUGUUUCCAGAAUCCACCGUGGUUUCCGCCGGUCGCGGCUACGAGACUUAUGCGGUUGCACUGAAAGUGAAGGCACCGCGACCUCUUUCACCGACUCACAGCUCCCAUACGGCGCCGUUUCUGGAUCCAUCUCUUCGCGCGCCCAUAGACUUGGUUACAGUGCUCGAUGUGAGCGAUAGCAUGACUGGGGCCAAGUUGCAAAUGCUGAAACGAGCCAUGCGGUUGGUGGUCGCUUCUCUCGGCUCGACUGACCGGCUUUCUAUCGUUGCUUUCUCAGUCAAUCCAAAGAGGCUAUUGCCUCUGAGAAGAAUGACUGCUCCAGGUCAGCGCGCGGCUCGGCGCAUCAUUGACAGGCUUGUUUGCUGUCAAGAAGGGACCGGCUUGACAGAGGCUUUGAAGAAAGCAACGAAAGUUCUCGAAGAUAGGAGGGAAAAGAAUCCAGUGGCUAGCGUCAUGUUCUUCUCAGACGGUCAGGAUGAGCGGGUCCAGACCAGUACAAGCCAUCAACGGCAGAUAUACAGCCAAGUGUCUUCGACCCAGUUUGCUCAUAUUGAGAUCCCAGUCCAUGAAUCUUGGUUUGGGCGAAGUGGUGGUUACGGCCAGGAGACGGCGGAGGGCACGUUCUCCAAGUGCGUGGGUGGUUUGUUAAAUGUCGUGGUGCAAGACUUGAGAAUUCAACUGAACUUCGCUUCUGGCUCAGCGCCAGCGGAGAUCUCGGCGGUUUAUUCAUUAAACGGACGGCCCACAGUGCUCAGCUCCGGAUCUGUGCGGCUUGGCGACCUUUACGCCGAUGAAGAGAGGGAACUAUUGGUUGAAAUGAGGGUCCCAUGCGCAGCUGUUGGGGCUCACCACGUGAUGUCAGUUCGAUGCCUUUACAAGGACGCCGCGACUCAAGAGGUUGUGUACGGAAGAGAUCAGGCUCUAUUAGUUCCCCGGCCCCACGCCGUCAGGUCAUCGGCGCCGAAAAUCGAACGGCUGAGGAACUUGUUCAUCUCAACCAGGGCCGUCGCGGAGGGUCGGAAGUUAAUCGAACACGGAGAUUUAACGAGCGCGUAUCACUUAUUGGCUUCGUCUCGCGCUCUGCUGUUGCAAUCGAGCUCAAUUCCGGUCGACGAGUAUGUGAGGAGUCUGGAGAGUGAGCUGGCCGAGCUGAACUGGCACAAACAGAGACAGAUGGAGCAGCAACAGCAACAGUUGAUGCAGCGGCGGAGAGUGAUGGAUAAGGAUAUGAUGGUCGUGAUGGACGAGAAUGGUGAGCCGCUUACUCCUGGGUCGGCUUGGAGAGCGGCUGAGAGGCUGGCUAAAGUAGCCAUGAUGAAGAAGUCGCUUAAUAAAGUCAGCGAUUUGCACGGCUUUGAAAAUGCUAGAUUUUAAUUUGUUGUUUAAUUGUUAUUUUUAUUCGUUUUCUUAUCAAAUUUAAAAAAUGAAAAAAAAAGAGAGGAGAUAUUAUGGAACCGGACGGCGCGAGCCUUUCUGUUGGGACAUGAUUAGGUCAGUGUGGCCAUUUCAAGUUUAAUCCACUAGUAAUUAAAGGAGAGAGUGGCUUAUAUGUUAGUGUUCAUUAGCUACAUUCGUAUUGUUUUAUAUCCGAAUUUAAGGUUGUAAAAAGACCUUAUCCAUUGGGGUUUGUUGCCUAGAAAAAGGGGUUGGAUUUGGCCUAUUUUUGUAGCAAAAGUAGGCCAGAAUGAUUUGGUUUUGGAACUUUUGGUAGCGGCAGAAAUGAUGAAUGAAUCAUUUUGUUGUUAUGAUA